AUGCACUGGAACAACAUGUACUCGGAGAUGCCAAAUUCCUACCAAGGGACAUUUAACCCUCUGCCUCGUAAUCACGAACUGUUUUUUGUGAAAUGUAACACGCUUUCCCAGCACCAUAAUAUGCAUUAUCCCAAUAUGGCACCAUACCAGAUGAAUGGCCGGAUGCUGCCAUAUACAGCUUGUGACAGGAGGACGCAUAUGAGUAUGCGUGGCCAUCGGAAGUGGUAUGAAGAUGCCUUAAGGUCCAUAAAAAGAGUUCCCAGCCCCGAUUGGAAAGGUCUUUACGCUUUAGACGUGGGCGAGGGAAAUGAAGAGAAGGAAAGGCAUGAAUUUUAUUGGGUCAGGUAUGAUGAAAAUGAAGCAUUUGAGAACGGUGACUCACACUCGAAUGAUACAAAGAACUUCAUGGAUCCUGAAGAAGGGACGCAGCUUCUUCCCACCUUUAAAUCUCUACUGGCAUAUGGAAGAAAUUCUCUAGAGGAAGACGGAAAAGAAGAUACGCGGAGUUUGCAACAACAUUCGCGUACAUCUGCCAUGGACGAUGGGGCAAAUCAGUUAUUUCGUUCCAGGCUAGGACAGAUGGAGGAGGAGAGGGUGGAGGAGACACGAAACAAACCAAAACCAGCGAAGGAAAAUAGAGUGAGUCUCGCUCCCAGCAACUUACUUAUGGAAUUAGCGGAUUCGGAUGAGGACUCCUCUUCAUCGGAGAGUUACCUUUCAAAGCAAACAAAGGAUAGCUUCAGUGUGGGUAGCCGCACAAAUAGCAACAAAAAAGAUGAUGGUGAAGAGUAUGAUAAUUAUGGAAGAAGCAGGUUGUACAAUGACAGUGGAUGGUCGUUUGAAAAAGAUGGCACAAGUUUAACAAGCCAUCUUUUGGGGAACCGUCGAAGGGGAUUGGAGGGGUCAUUUCUCAACAAUGCGUUUAAUGCAUCAUUCAGCCUUGCCAAACCCGCGAUGCACCAGGGACAGAGCAUCUCUGUCUUUGGGCAGAGUGCGUUACGAGGGUACGAUGAGUCGAUCAAUCAGCUUUCAUGCCUUGGUCGCAUGCAGAUGGGGGGAGAUGAUGCCUUUUUUCGUCGCUCCACCUUUGGGCCCGUGGUGGGCGCUGAGGAAAAUUCGUAUGAGAACUUGGGCCACUCCUUCCCCAAAGCGCCAUCGUUGAAAGCGAGGCGUCGCAGCGACAACAGCGACAUGACGCCUUUACCGAAUAAGGCCUUUUCUGGCUUAAAGAGAAUUCCGAAUUUUCCACCGUCGUAUGCAAAACAUGGGUGGCAUCGUAGCAGUCUGCCCGGCGAGGAGAAGCCGAAUUUCCAUAAGGAUCCCCCUUGGAUCUCGCGAGAUUCCGAGCAGGAUGGUUUGAUGCGUGUAGAUGCUGGGAAGACCGAACCGCAACGAGCGCGGAGGGCGAGCAUUCCCUUUACUAGUUUCUCCUUCAAGGAUGUAGGAAAUAGACAAACAACGGCGGUGGAGGAGUCGAAUGCGGUUACUUUGGAUGCCCCUUCCAUCUCCGCGCCGGAAACAAAACAAAAACCGCAACCGCAGCAGAAGCAAAUGCGUGAGAUGCAUUCACCGUAUAUAUUGAGGGAGGGGCAGCAAUGGCCGUCUAAGGAGCGACAAGGCCAACUGCCCAAACUCAUUCAACGUUAUAAAUUCUGGACCUCUCAUAAAAAUGAAGACGAAGGUGAAAAAUUUUCGAUUCCAACGAUAUAUGAAACGCGGCGUCGAAGUCAACCCGAACCCGUGAGGAAGGAGCCAAUGGCUGUGGGGUCGCCCAGAGGUCAAAAGCAGGUCUCUGUUGUUCGAGAGCAGCUUGCGGAUAUUCUUUCUGUAAAAGGCACGGAGCGGCAAAAACGAAAUGGCACGAAUGUAAAUCCAUCGACGGCUUCAACGCGGAGGGCAAAUCAGGAAACCACCAACGACAAAACUGAAAAGAAAUCCGCACUUCAGGAAGAACGGCCGCGCAUACCGACACUGCCCUCUGUAAAUAGUAAAAACAUUUUGCUUGCACCAAAGCGUCGCAAUGUGGAACAUGAUAACAUCCUUGGUCUAUCGAUGGACUAUCAGUUUUAG